GUUCUGUUGUUGCUGCCUUUGAACGCAACCCACCCGCUUCAACCACUGGAUGUCGCUGUGUUUUCGUCGUUCAAGGCGAAGCUACGCCGCCUAACCGAGAUCUACGUUGGCGAGACUGGACGCAAUUCGGUCGACAAAGAGGAAGCCAUUCGGAUGGCAAGCGCAGCAUGGGUAGGAUGCAAGAUGGGUGAGAACGUCAAAGCGGGGUUUGCUGGGUGCGGCCUUUUCCCUCCGUCCAAGCCUCGAAUGGACAUGUGCAUCGACAAUUUCCGACGCAACGGGACCCCCGCAUCUACGAAGCUGGCAGCGUGGCUCCGGAUCAAGGACGUCGUGCAGAAGGAGGUGCUCGUGCUACCGCCGUCCAAGAAGCGGUUGCGCAAGACAGCAACGGUCGCCGGUCGUCUUUUGACCAAAGAAACACUGGAA